UUUUUUACUGCGUAGAGGUGUCGUGGUCUUCUUACAUAGCUUUCGAUUCGCGUCUCUGUGUACCCUCCAAGUGUGCGCUUUUGGCUGGAGAAUCUGUUUUGGCCUCCUCUGCUUCAAAUAUGUUUGCUCUGAUUCUUUAAUGGCGAUGAUCGAUUUUUGCCUAAUUUCUACGAGGUUAACUUACAUGACAAUAUAAUACACUUGAUGUUCCAAAGGUAGUGUACCUUGAAAUCAGCUGCUCAAUUUUAACCAUGGCUACCUCUGCAAAUCAAAGCAAAAAGGAGAGCUUGCUUAAUGAGGUUGUGAGCUUGGAAAAGCAGUUAACAGCAUCAAUCCUUUCCAAAGGGAUAUUACAUUCAGAUGUCAAAGAUCUAUACUACAAAGUUUGUUCAAUUUAUGAGAGAAUUUUCAUUAAUGAACAUGAACAAUUAGAGCUUCAAGAUGUGGAAUAUUCUCUAUGGAAGCUUCAUUACAAGCUUAUCGACGAGUUUCGGAAGCGGAUAAAGAGAAGCUCUGCAAAUGUAGAGAGCCCAAAGUUGGGGACAGGACAGAAUUCUAAUGAUGCACAGCGAAGUAGUAGUAAUCAUAUUGCAGAAUUUAGGUCGUUUCUGUUGGAAGCAACAAAGUUGUAUCAGAAACUGAUCGUGAAAAUCAGGGAGUAUAAUGGUGUUCAAAAAGAAGGCUUGUUAUAUAAGGCUUUUGGUGUCUCUAAGGGCAUUGAUCCAAAGAGAAAGAAGACAUGUCAAUUCUUAUGUCACCGUCUCUUAGUUUGCCUUGGGGAUCUUUCUAGAUACAUGGAACAGCAUGAAAAACCAGAUGUCCAUUCCCAUAAGUGGUUAGCUGCUGCUACUCAUUACUUAGAAGCAACAAUGGUUUGGCCUGAUAGUGGAAACCCCCAUAAUCAGUUGGCUGUAUUGGCAACAUAUGUUAAUGAUCAGUUUCUCGCUAUGUACCACUGUGUGAGAAGUUCUGCAGUCAAAGAGCCUUUUCCAGAUGCUUGGGACAACCUUUUGUUACUAUUUGAAAGAAAUAGGUCAUCUCUUAUGCCUUCCCUAUCUAGGGACGCCGAGUUCGAUUUCUUGAGACCGUCCGAGAAGUGCUGUUUAGAAAUCAAAUCACAAACCAAAGAUGAUCAUAAGUCUCUAGAGACAGACUUGUUUUCUCUGCUCAUCAGAACAUUGGCUUUCUUUUUCAUAAAUUCGAGUUUGGAGCAAUUCACAAGUACAUUUUCAUCUAUGAUGAGAUCGCUGGAUGAACUCUUGUCUCUAGAUGAUUCUGAAUUAAAUGUUUCAUUAGAGUCGUACGACGUUUUGGAUUCAGUGCGAACCGGCCCUUUCCGAGCCAUCCAAAUUGCUUCCGUAUUCAUCUUCAUGGUACAGAAUCUUCUCAGUAAAGCUAACCUGAAUGAUAUGCAGCAACUUGAGCUAACCCACUUGGCAUUGGUUGCUACCUUUAUUGUCAUGGGACGUCUAGUCGAGAGAUCGCUGAAGGCGAGCCAAUGGGAAUCAUCCCCUCUUUUACCUGCAGUGCUCGUUUUCGUGGAAUGGUUACCAAGCGUUCUUGAUGAAGUAGUAAGAUAUGGUUCUGAUGCAAAAACUAGAAGCUCCAUGUCUUACUUUUUUGGUGCUUAUGUUGAGCUUCUACAGAAGCUGAAUGUUCAUACAGCUGAGGCACAUUGUUCUCUUGCUAUCCCUCUGUGGGAAGAUUAUGAGCUAAGAGGCUUCACUCCUUUAGCUUUUGCACAUGAACCAUUGGAUUUCUCAUCGCACUGGGAACACAUCGACAACUUCGAAUUCGGAGCUGAACACCGCGCUUAUCGCAUAACGGUUGCGGCUACUAAAAUUUCGGAUAUCGCUAAGGAUUAUCCAGAGUGGAUCAUUCAUGACAAAGUAGAACAAAAUGAACUUCCAGAUAAGAAAGAACUGGAAGAUGAAGAAGUCAUUCUUUUCAAGCCCCUCACGAGAUACAAUUCGGCACCAAUCUCUAUUGCAGGGAGCAAUGAAGCUUCACCGAAAAGCACAGAGGCUCAGACUAUAUCUUCCGAUGAAUGUUUGAGGCGUGCCACGUCGCUACUUAUACAACAGACGCAGGGCCAGACCGAUCCCUUUGCUUUUCAUAAUCUCAGCAGAAACAAGCCAUUUGAACAGCAGCAUGAUGUUUCAGAAGGCACCAUAUCAACUGGCCCUCCUUCACUUAGUGCCUGGGUGAUCAAUAAAGGUUUUACUUUUAACCCUGUUACAGAGAAAGGGCCUGGUUUGCAGCCCAUCGAUGAGUUAACUCUGGCAUUCGUGAACGGUCUUAAACUCGACAAUACCGAGAAUUCUGCCUCGAUUCCGAGCUCGAAAUCUGGAAAAUCCGACCUUUUUCCACCUCCUCCCUAUUCCACCCCAGUACCUUCAGCUCCUUAUUUACCUGAUGAUGCUGUUUGGACUAAUGCUACCAAUGCUAACAUCUCUAGGGACAUUGUCCAAAAUGAUACAUUUUCAGGAAGUGCUUAUUCAAAUUGGACUGCCCCUCAAGCUACAUAUGAGUAUGGUCCCGUGUAUCCGUCAUCACAUCGAAUGAGUUCUUCGGAAUGGCUUCGUCAAUAUCGGGAGAAUCAAGUACGGGCACCUCCCUACAAUGCUUCUGGAAACGUUAUGAACUUGCAAAGAAAUGAUACUUCAAGGUAUGAACAUUUGUAUCCAACAAUGAAUAUGGAGAGUUCAUUGCGUUAUCCAGCUUUCCCUGCAGCUUACAGCACGAAUGAGAACCAAAAAAACAUGUUUUUCCAUGGUUAUGUAAGGCCAAACCUGUAUGGCUGCGGUGUUAUUGAUUUGAGAAGUGAGCAGCCACCGGUUCUGCCGUAUCUAAAAGAUAAAGAGUGGCAGCUGCAAAAGGAUGCUGGUAAUAGAAAUGCUACCUAUAUGGGGAAUUGAGGAUUUUCAUAGUUUUGUCUAUAUUCAUCGUUUACUCGAACCGAAAACUUGAAACUGUCUAAUGAAAGCGUUUGCGUUUGUAUGUACGUGUAUAGAAAGUCGAAAAAAUGAUCUCAAGUAAAUGUAUAUUAAGGAAUUGUCUCGCCUCGACAUUGUAGAAGAUCGUUUCCGUUUCUUAAAAGAUAUGUGAAAGCGGACCUUCAUGUCUGGUGA